UUGGACCUGAAACACAAAGCCCACUCCGACCAAAAGGCAACGGUUGGGUUUACAAAAAUUCAAUUUUAACUGCCCUUUAGCUUCUAAUCAGCUCCUUAGAUUGAGGGAGCAUGAGCAAGAGAUCAUCGCAUUUUUCCGUGUCCUUGUUGUGAUAUUACCUGAAAAAACGAACAUGUUCUUUUCCUUCUUCUGGAUCUGGGGAACUUUUGAAUGGAAAUCUAUCGAUUCAAACUCAAUAGACAGUUUUUUCCGAGGGCUCGUGGGUGCGUGUGGAAUAUCAGUGCUGUGCAAUUUGAUAAGAGUUUACAACUUUAUUGAAAAAUGCAGUGAUUCUGAGACUAAAACUGAAAGCAAACCAAGUUUAUUCUCACUUGGCAAUCUUCUGAGAGGGAACUGGAUAAAAGUUCUUCAGUUCUGGUUCCUGACGGUCCUCCUGUCUCUGGUGGGCUCGAGGGUCUCCUCUCUAAUAGUCCUGGAGUUUUCUCUCAGAGCCAUUUCUGCAUGGGCAUCAGCAGGCCUGGAUGCCAGAUACAGAGGACUAGACCUGCUCCUGACCCAGUGCCAGUUCUCCCUGGGAUGCGCCCUCACCUGUACCCUGCACUUCCUCCAUCAGGGGGCUCCACACAGCUCCCUCAGCUUGUUUCUGGCAGCCGCUCUCAGCUGGGCUCUGGCCAGUGCCUGCCACAGUUUAUGGAGCCACGUGGCCACACUCUACCCACUACACAGCAGAGCGGGUUAUUGUGGGAAGUGCAGCACCCUCCUGGCCUCUGGACACACCUUAUUGGCUUCAGUUCAAAGAGCGGUGGUCUUUGCCUUUGCAAUAGCGAGUGUGGCCUCCACCUCUACGGUUCAUGACCACUUCCUGUCCCAGAAAGAUGCCCUAAAGUUUUGGACUCCGUUGACACUCUGCUACACCAUGUUGGUUGUCUACAUUCAAGCGGAUCAGCAGCGGCAGACUGGCGCUGAGGCCCUGCUGCACACUGUGGUGCUGAGACUUGGAGCCUUACUGGUGCUCAUGUUGACAGUAGGCCACUGGUCCGACGUCCUCCACGUCCUCUUCAGUUUCCUGGGUGAAGCAGUGUGCCUACUGCCUUCUCAGGACCUGCUGAAAGCUGCGUUACAGGGAGAAGAAGACAUGAGAGGAGCUCCAGUAACAAAGCAAAGGAACGCGAUGAACAGAUCAUCAGAUCGAUAAUCUACCUCAAAUAUCAGAAACUACCUCAUAUGUCAAGAGAUCCCAAUACCUUUAAGAAUAAUAAAAGGAUCUUUGUCGCCACGCUUCAGAUGAAUUCUGGACUUGACUAUUCUUGAGACUUGUUUUAAAAUAAGAAACGGAAUGAGGUGUUUGUAAUGUUACACCGUAAAGAAGCUGCUGUUUUUAUUUCCAGUAUUAACUUGAAGACUUACAUGGAAACGCAUUGUCGAGCUGCUCAGUAAUGCUGAUGUCUUUUUUUAAUCUACAACAGAGCACAAUCAUACCACGCCAAGAUAAAUACUUCCCUCCAAAAUAAAACCCAUAAAUCAUUAAUUAAUAGCAUAAAAGUGAGCAGCAUAGAGAAUUUCAUAAUGGAAAUCAGUUAACUAACGCAUGAUUAUAAAUGAUAUGUUUCCUGUAACUUUGAUGGGAGCUUUAUGAGGUUUUUGGGAAAAAGAUCAGUCAGCGAUGUCAUCUCCGCUUGUGCUUGUGAGAUUUAUUUUUUCAACAGAAAGCCUACAUGAUUAACAGGAGGUGUGACGUUUUAAAGAAGUGUGGUCUAAUGAAACAUUUCCAGCUGCAUUGUGGGAAGUGUAGGAUCUGGCGGUUUUGAAGCUGCACCCUAAAGUAAAGUCAGAAUGCUUUGGCUUCCGUCUCUCACAGUUAUCUUACUCCCACUCCCACUAGUUUGGUAAAGUAACACAAUUUCUCUCUUACAAUAGUUUUAUCACAGUUUUUGUGAACAUAGAAUUGUCAGGGUUUAUUUCAGUUUUUUUUCCCUUUUUUUCUAUUUUAAAAGUUGUCCCGCUCAUCCAGGUAGAUAAAAACUGAGGGUUUGAACAUAGAAAAUACAUGUUGAUGUUGAGGAGUGAUUUAAAAAGACAUGUUGUAGACCCAGUGAAGAGGUUCACAGGGUUUAAUGAGGAUUUAGGCUGUUGGGGGGGGCGGAGCAUGGCAGUCCGGGGAUUGUGUCAUCGGCCAGCAUGCUCCCUCCUGCAACCGUGACAUCACUGCAGCAUUCCUCUGCACAGAGCUGGAACAACAGAGACCCCCAUCACUCUCUCCUCAUCCCGUCUCCUGUUAACCCUCUCUCCCCCAGACACAUUCAGCACCUAGUUUCUCUCUCUGUGUGUUGUCUGUUUUUUCAGCCCCACAAAGGAGGGGAGGGGACCUUUCAAAGGUUGGCUACGGAAAACUAAACGCAAUAUUUGCUGAUCAGCAGACCUGAUAUGGCCUUGGACUCACUCCGGUGGAGAGCACAAAACAUAACAAAGCAGCUUGUUCAUGGCACUCACAGA